CCCCCUCUCCUUCCCCUCGCUCUGUGUGUGUGCCCAUUCCCCACUCCUCCCGCCGGCCACCCCCAAAAGAAUCGGAAAUUACAACCCGGUCCACGGGUCGGAUCCCCAUCCCCACCCAAACCAAAUCUAACCUCCUCCUCCUCGAGCUCGCUCGUCGGCCAGCGAUGGGGAUCUCGAGCAUGCCGGAGCCGCGGGACAGCCUGCUGUGGUACCUGGUGGUCAACACGGUGAUCUCGAUCACGGCGCUGGCGGGGCUGGUGCGCAAGGCGCUGGUGUUCCUGGACCUCCAGGACGACGACGCCGGGGACCGCCUCGUGGCGUCAGCGCCCGGCCUGGGCCUGGCGGACCGGUUCCUGAGGGCGUUCCGGCCGGCGCUGUACGGGGUGCUGGUGUCGACGUCGACGACGUGCAGCGCGGCGGAGGCGGACGGCGACGACUGCAGCGUGUGCCUGUCCGGUUUCGUGGCCAAGGCCGUGGUGAACCGCCUCCCCUGCGGCCACCUCUUCCACCGCGCCUGCCUCGAGACCUGGCUCCGGUACGAGCGCGCCACGUGCCCGCUCUGCCGCGCCAACGUGCCCCUCCCGCCCGAAGAGACGCCCGUGCUCCGCUACCCGGAGCUCGAGUGAUCCGGUCCCCCUCCUCCGGCGAGCGGUGACCCCCCGCCGGGCGGGGCUCGGGGUCGGGCUCGGCCGUCGCGCGCCUCGGCUGUGUGCUGCAAGCUCCGUGUGGCCUUCCGUGUGUGUGCGCGUAGCAAAAAACAAAGUAUAGGAGCAGUAGUAGUAGAGUUGCUGUUGCUUUCCCCCCCUUUCCCUUUCCCUUCUCGUUUUGUGUUUUUUUUUUCCUUGUUUUUCUUCUUUUCCCCAUUUCUCUUCUUGUUGUUUCCGUGCUGUCGCUGUAGCGUGUAAAUACUGCAGUUCGCACUUCGCAGCAGAGAGUAGAGUGCUCCCGUGGCUGUGCUCAUGGUGUAGCACUUUUUACGAGCUCAGCUCGUGUACAUUGCAAUGCAUGCUUCAAUUCAACUCCCCAACUGGCAAAA